AAUGAUUUGUCGUUUUCAUUGUAGUUAACGAAGCUGGGAUCUCACAUCUAGUUGCUUAAUAGUCGCCCAUCGCAAAACGAAUGCAGGUACAUAGGCUUGCCCAGACCGCUGGGCGCACUGCCCGGAUCCAGCCGUUUUCUAGCUCGAAGGUUUGCAACGUGCGCCGUAGCCGUGCCGUUACCGCGCGUGCAAUGGCCUCUUACGAGCUCGACCCCGAUAAUGCGAGCAUCCUCGUCUGCGGCGGCGGUGGCGUGGCUCUGCACGUCACACGCAAGCUUAAAGACAUGGGCUCAUGGGUCUGGAUGAUGCAGCGCACCGACGUACGUAAAGCAGAGAUUGAAAAGAUGAUGGCCUUUGUACCCAAGGGAGAUGCCCUAAACAAGGACGACGUUCAACGCGUGUAUGAUGGCAUCGAGGAGGUGGACGCGGUGGUGUGCACCCUGGGCGGCAGCGUGGCCGACCCACGGGUCGACAGCGAGGGCAACAUCAACAUCAUCGAGGGGGCCAUCAAGAAGGGCGUCAAGAAGUUCAUCCUGGUCACCAGUGUGGGCUGCGGGGACAGCAAGGAGGCGCCCGGCGAGCGCGUGUACAACAUCCUGAAGCCGGUGCUUGUGGAGAAGGACAAGGCGGAGCAGCACCUCAAGGCCGCCGGUGCCGCCGGCAAGCUGGCCUACGUCAUCAUCCGCCCCGGCGGCCUGAUGUCGGAGCCCGCCAGCGCCAGCGCCAUCCUGACUGAGGACGCCAGCGCCAGCGGCAUGAUAGCGCGCGAGGACGUGGCGGACCUGGUGGUGCGGGCGCUGUUCAGCAAGAAGGCGGAUGGGAAGGUGCUCACCGCCAUUGACCCCGCCAAGGUGCCGGCUGCACCGCAGCGCACGCCCUUCCAGCUAUAAGCACACUAGCAGCGUUUGAAGCCUUCUAACAGCUUUGGGCCCUCCAGCUUUUCAGCGCCUCUGCAGCUUGGUCGUCGAGGGUGACGGAGGGAUCGUGAGACGGAGGGGCUGCUAGGAUGGCUCGGCAUGGUCCGGGGGUGGCAUGGAGGGGGGCACAGGAGCUACUAGCAUCCUUUGACUAGUUGAGGAGUGAGGAUAAGGCCCCGUUUGCUGGCUGGCUGGCCUUGUACGUGAUCGUCAGUGCGGCUAGCUGGGUAGUGGAGGUGGUGGUGGUGGUGAAGGGCAAGGAAAGGUCUUCCUCAGCGCGUAUGUUCCGGGGAUGAUGGGGGAAGCGGGCAGACAUGCUGACCGGCUCCGAAGCAGUUUUGUAGCACUGACCUAGCGUUGCUUUUGUGUUGUACAGUUUCUGCGCGGGUCUUUAUGUUCAGUUUCGGACACUAGCGGUCUGGCUGUAAAGCCUGAUCACAUCGGGAGGUGGGGUGCCCUCUUGACGUUGUUUGGUUGCAACCGAAGCGUGCAGGUGCGGGCAUGCACGGCGAUAGCAGAUGGGUGGGCCCACAUCCCUGAAGCACGCCUCUGUUAAGGAAGACUGGCCGCGAGUAGGACUUGUGUGACUUGUACUCUUUCCAUGUACGGUACGCCUAUCAUUGUUAUCAGCCAUCCAUUUGUGAAUGGAUGGCUCUGUGUAUAAAUGGCUCUGUAAGCGGCAACAAGCAGAGAGAUCGCCAUGUUGCAAAGUCGCUACCUAAGCCCUGCUUUGUAGGAUGUACGGCUGUUAUGUACGGCAAGAGCCGCACCCUCACCCGGGCGAACGCUGCCCUUCAAGAGGUUCAAGUUUAACCCGUCCAAGCACACAAACACACAGUCAGGAGCGCUAUUGUUACAAGCGCGCUAUUUAACAAGGCAAGCAAAGCAAACGUUGCAAUUUCCACGCCAGUUGAUGUUGUCGGUCGUUGUUGUCGUCCCGCAUCCCGCAACGUCGUGUCGUGGUUCCAGCCUGCUUCACUGCCGCCGCCUCCACCCCCCAAUUGGUGCACACUCUUCCUCAUCAUCUCAUGCAACGUACCUGUACCGGUAAAACCCAAGCCAAGGAGGGCCCCCGGGCUGUCGCAAAAGCUGCCAAAAUUGCCCGGAAGCCCCCCCCCCGGGUUUUGGGGCGCGAGAGAUACGACAAGAGGGACACAUACACGCACAUACAACG